CGAUAAAAGUGCUAUGUCGGCGUAAAAUUGUGUUUAUUAUUGUUUUUUAAACCAGCAAAUAGUACAAAAUGACUGUACCAUUUACUAAAUUAGAUAUCCCGCUCAGUCGACUGGCUGUGGUCUGUCGCGGUUGUCUGGCGGAGUCGGGAGAAAUGAAAAAUAUUUAUGAAUGGGGCAUUCACGACGAUUAUUUUCGUGUUACUACUAUUGAAACAAGCAGAAGACCAGGUAUAUCAGAGCUGCUCUGUUCGUCCUGUGAAGCGGCCCUCAUCAGCUGCAAGCAGUUUCAGGAUAGAUGUCAGCUCUCAGACCGGAUAUUGAAAUCUACACUAACAGUUAAUAAGAUAAAAAACAAACCGCAGAAAGGACAUAGGAAUCAAGUCACCUGCGUAUUACGUGACAAACGAUUACAUAUACAAAUAACAGCACCGAAGACCGAUUCCAGAAUCCGUCUCCCCUGCCCGUACCACUGCGAAGAGAACUUCCUUAAAAAGAGCGAUCUCCAAGCACAUUUGAAAAAAACACACAAUCUAUCAGAAAUUAUUGAUAUACAAAUGCAAUAUUUCUGUGCAGAACAAUCUUGUGUCUACCACGUGUCUUCGGGAAAGCAAAAAUGGUUCACCGGAAGGAAGUUUUUGAACCAACAUAUUAAUAAGGUUCAUAAAACUAAAUCUUUUCUUUGCAACGACUGUGGUUUAUGUUUUCCAACUGAAACUGAUUUUCAAAGGCAUUCUAAAAGCUGUAACUAUGUUUUUAUAUGUCAAAUGUGUGAUACGAAGUAUAAUACGAAUGAAAAAUUGAUGGUGCAUCUAAAGAGAAAGCAUCCCAACGUACAUCAGAUGUAUAAAGCUGAAAAGGCUGAAAAGAGAAAGCUGGAAAACGAUACAGAUUUAAAAAAGAAGAAUAAGAAACCAGAGACUUUGGUCUCGGAAGAGAUUAAUGCUGAAACCGUGACAGAAACUUGGAAUUUCAACGAGCAAAGUUCUAAAGCUACUAAAGUCAAAGAUGCUUUCUGUGAUAGUCCAAAGAAAUCGUUUGCUACACAAAUUCCUGAGCAUAUUAACAACGAUGUGGCUUUACCGUCUUGGGCUCAGAAUGAAACGAAGACGGAUGAAAUAUCAACCCAGGUAGCGUUCGAAGACUUGUUAAGCUUAAAAUCACAAAACAGUGAAGAUGAUAUGUUUUUCUCAGAGGCUGUUUCCCUCUCUGAUAUACAAACUCAAACGUUCCCCGUAGAGUUUGGGUUGAGUCGUUCGAACAAAGAAACUCAGUCGUUGAGCUCACAAACGCAGUCCCCGGACUUGAAUUUUAAAGAAACUCAAACCUGUUGCUGCCAUGAUGGUGGGAGGAGCUUUAAGAUAUUUGAUAGUUUGUCCUCGAGUCCUGCUAGUAUUAAUUUUAUUUCUACGGAGACUCAAACUCAGGAGCCAAAGACUUCGGUUAAGUCCGAUGUGCUACUUAGUUUUAGCUCAGCGGAGACACAAACAUAUUUUGAAGACAAUUCGAACAUUUGACGGUAUUACGACUUCUCGUUUGAUGGUACGGGAUUUCUAUCUUGUGGUAGCUUUUUUGGCCCGUAGAAUAUAAUUUGGGACGAUGACAAGGUAUGAAAAUUAAAAAUCUAAUUAGUCCGUAAGCUAGGUAAUGGAAAAAUAUUAGACACGUAUU